AUGCCAGCCUCAUUAGACUAUUACCAAGUCUUACAAAUCGAGAAAGAUGCCUCUGAUCAACAGAUCAAGAAGGCAUAUCGUAAGCUUGCUCUCAAGUUCCAUCCGGAUAAAAAUUCUUCUGCCGACGCUGUAGAAAAGUUUAAAGAUAUAAGUGAAGCGUACGAGAUUUUAUCUGACCCUGAAAAAAGAAGAGUGUAUGAUAACCGCGGCAGUAGUUCAAUGCAUGAUGAUGACUACGACUAUCACAAUCCGUUCGCUGGUUUUGCAUUCCAUAAUCCUGAAGAGAUAUUCGCAGAGUUUUUCAAUCACAUGAGCGCUUUUGGACAAGGAGGCGACAUAUUCUCUUCCUUCAUGAUGCCUCCAAUGCAUCAAGCUCCACCUCCACCCUCGCCUUUUGGCGGCUUCAAUCGCCCAUUCAUGAUGGGCGGAUUUAGCGAUAUGAGGGGAUUCUUUGAUCAUGAUUUCAUGUCGCCGUUGAUGGGGUCAUCCUCAUUCCAGCAGCAAUCUUUUAUCGGAUCAAGUCAGAGCAACAGUAGAGGAUUAAGCAGCGGUGGUGGUGGAUAUUCGAAAUCGGUUUCUACAACGACUCGCAAUGUCAAUGGCGUUAUGGAAACUGUCAAAAUUACAAAGAUUACAGACAGCAAUGGGACGCAAGUCAUUGAAGAAUAUGGAAAUGGACUGACAAAGAUCAAUGGUGUAGAGCAGCCAACACAGCACCAGAUUGAAGCCAAAACGAGUCCACCCAGCCAUCACAGUCGAUCAGUAGAAAAGAUCCAGAUCGUCAGCGACAGUGAGGGAGAGGAGGAUGAACAAGAGCAGGACGAACUGGAUCAGUAUGACGAGCAUCGAGAUUACUUUUACCGUCAAGAGCAAAUUCGCCAGCAGCAGCUCAAAUUACAACAGGAACAGCAGAGAUUAUGGGAAGAACAGAGACGACACGAUGAAUACAUGCGUCAACAGAGAGAACGAAUGCACCAGCAGCAAAUGAUGCUCCAUCAGCAGCAAAUGAUGCAGCACAUGCACUCUCCACUUCACUUUCAACAGCAUCAACAACAAAUUCAACAGCCAUAUAACAGACGCCAACAGGACGAUUUAUUUGGCGGUGUCUAUGGUCAUUAUCCGCAAUACAAUCAUUUUCUAUAA